UAAAAUCAACGCACCGGACAGACGGGAAAAUGUCAGAAAGGGAAGGAGGGAGUCGCGAAAUCAGGAAACUCAUCUUGCGAACUUUCCUAAAUUCAAUUCUCAAAGCUGGAUGCUUCAAGUAUGGAUCUAAAUCCUCACAUCAUGAGGAAGCGACUGCCGUCUCCAAACCCUUCCGAUCACACCUCCACUUCCUUCUCCUCCUCCUCCUCCUCCUCCGUCGUCAAGAGAUUCGGAUCCACCGACGGAAUGAGCGUCUCCAAGUUAGUGGCAGCUCUCAUGCUCGCCUUGCCGGCGAUCUUCUUGCUCUCCGUCGUGUUGCGACGCCCGCAGUUCGAUCUCGGCUUCGGGUUCGCCGACGCUAGAGUUCUCGUGAAUCCAGGGGACGAGCCCAUUGUCCAGAAGGAGGCGUCGGGUGAUGGGAAUGUCAACGAGGUUCUUCGAGCUCAGCUGAAUGCCACUCUUCCUGAUAAGGUGAACCGCAUCCUUGCUUGCUUUGGAAUGGUUUAG